AUGGAUCUCGACAUCCCCAAACUCUGGUCCCAACUCGUGGCCACCUACGAUCCCUACACAAUAGACGUAGUCGGCCAACUCAUCCUACACCUCCUAUUCUGGUGGCUUCCCUGCACGCUCUUCGUCUCCCUCGACACCAUCGCCCCCUCCUUCUCAGCCCGACACAAGAUCCAACCCGCCCCCAAGCAACCCACCUCCUCCGAGAUAUGGCACGCCGUCCUCAUCUCCAUCCGCAACCAGGCCAUCGUGUCCGCCCUCCAAAUAGGCCUCUCCUACGAAUCCUUCCUCCACGGCCGCCCUCCCGCCCUGCGCGUUGAAUCCCGCCUGCCCCCGCUCGCAGAAUUCACCCGCGACAUUCUCCUCUGCGUGGUCGGCCGCGAAGUACUCUUCUACUACGCCCACCGGCUGUUCCACGUGCGGUACUUCUAUCAGCGGAUUCACAAGAUUCACCACCGCUUCACUGCGCCUGUGGCGUUUGCGUCCGAGUACGCGCACCCGGUGGAGCAUGUCGUUGCGAAUAUGCUGCCGAUUGCACUGCCGCCCAUGCUGCUGAGGACACAUAUCGUUACGAUGUGGGUGUUUUUGGCGUAUCAGCUUGUUGAGACGGCGACGGUGCAUAGCGGGUAUGAUUUUCUGCAUGGGCUGGCGAGGAAGCAUGAUAGGCAUCAUGAGAGGUUUAAUGUGUACUUUGGGGGGAUUGGGGUGUUGGAUUGGUGGCAUGGGACGGAUGAGAGGGGAGGUCCGAGGAGUGGGAAGAAGGUUGAGUAG